AUGCCCUCCCUGAGCUCCAAACUGCCUCCGUACAGCGGCAAAUAUGCCGUGGGCCUCGUGGACGUCGAGGUGCCUGUCUCGCAGCCAAGACAUAUCAGCGAGGCGGUGCUGAAGGAGACGGGCGAGGUCGCCUUCAAUCUGACCACCGUGCUCUUUUCGCUCUACUACCCGGCCGUCCUCAACGACGCUGCCUCGUCCCCGCGCGCGCCUCGCCAUCCCUGGGUCGAGAAGCCCAUCUCAAGCACUGCCGAAGGCUACGCGCGCUUCGCGAAGUUCAACAACAAACUCUCCAGGAGCAUCUUCGCCUUUGCCCUGUGGAUGCUCGCGGGCAGCACUUCCAUACCAGCCCAUGUGGACGCCCCACUCCAUGGCAGUGGCAGCGGCACUACCAAGACCCACCUGGACUAUGAAGCCGAACAUCCCUCGGACGACUACGGCCUGCCUCGCUUUCCACUCAUCGUCUUUUCGCAUGGUAUUGCCAGUUCUCGCACCAGUUAUUCCCAGUACUGUGCCGAGAUGGCUUCGCGAGGUUUCAUUGUCGCAGCAAUCGAACAUCGUGAUGGCUCGGCUCCUGCUACGAUGAUCCACAGUAAGGCAGGUCAGAAGCUGCGUUGCCAUUUCAAUGCCGCCGAUUUGAAACCUCGGCCAGAACUCGCCGCGUUCAAAGCUGCGCAGCUGAGUAUGAGAGAAGCUGAGGUUGCAGAGACCGUGCGUGUCUUGCGUGAGAUCAAUAAUGGGCGUGGUCGCGCCGUUUACCAGUCCAACAUGCGCACAGAGGGCGUAGAAUUGGCCGCAUGGCGUGGCCGCAUAAUGUGGGAUAGAAUUGUGAUGGGCGGACAUUCAUUUGGCGCCACUCUAGCUCUACAGGUCCUGAAAGAGCCUUCCGAGGCAAUGCCUUUCGUCGGGGCAAUUGUAUUCGAUCCUGGAAAGCACUCCGGACCACUACAAGACGAUAUAAAUGUGCCCCUUGUGAUUGUCCACAGUCAAAGUUGGAGCUCCAAGGUAUCCGUAUUUCACGGAAGACCUCAUUUUGAGGUCGUGAAAGACCUUGUCAAAAAGGUCAAUGAAGAUAAGAAAAAGUAUGCGUGGUUCAUGACUUGCAAAAAGAGCUCUCAUGCUACUGUGACUGAUGCUCCCCUCAUUGAACCAUUACUACUUUCCUGGAGUACGGGCUCGGCCAUUGGCGCUCAUGAUGGUGUUCUCCAAUAUGUGAAGAUCAGCCAACAGUUCUUGCACUACCUAAAAGACGGCCACCGUCAAUCGAUCCUGAGAGAAGCAAUUACACACCACACUUAUGAUGAUCCCAAUCCGAGGAAGGUAGAUCCCAAGAUUGGGAAUUUCUGGCAGAUUCAUAUGAGCCCCAGCGUGGACUGUCCUGCCCCAGGAUAUUGCGGCCUCGAUGAUUCAGACGACGGCUGAAAAUACAUCGAGUACGACAGAUUCACCUAACAUGAUCGAGAUUCAUCAUCCAGACUAGAAUUCGGGAGAUGUCCAAUCUUCCAGAAGUGGCUCCUAAGCCUCGCAUAUUAUACCUUGCUUUGGCCGGAACAUACGCAUAUCAUUGGCACACAGUAGCCGUCAGAUCGGAAGGAUACAGAGAAAGUUACCUACAGCACCUACCUUAUAUGGAGCAACCAGAAUUCACCACAGACAGGAUUCCAGGCUUGCGGCCAGGAGAGAUAGCAUUGGAUUACCACUGCAUCGAUGAAGACGACGACGAGUAGCAGCAAGCAAGCACACUUUUCACCUUGCCUUAGCUCAGCCUACCUAGGGAGUUCGUUGCUUGCGCAAGAGGAGGCUACUAUAUAUACCUACCUUUCCCGUAUACAUGUUGUUUAUAUACCUUACCUGCCUAUUUUAGGUGCAAACCAAACCUACAUCGCUCUCGCUACACUGCACUCUCUUGUCCGUAGCCUAAACAUCUAUAAACAUAAUGAUAUCUAUAUAUACCUAUAGGA